UGCCGGCUGAUUGGCGAAGGCAGAAUCGAGUAGGCGCAGGUAGUCUAGAACAGGCGAUUAGAAGGCACGUUUACAGCGAGGAGGUGGCAACUUGGAGUUUUUGAGGGUUAGUUAGUGGAAUUUCAUUUCAAGUAAACAAGAAUAGAAUAGCUUAAUAGAAAAUAGGUAUUAAACGCCAAGAGAAGGAAAGUUUAUUUUUGUUUGGUUAAACGUCGCUUAAGAAAUCCAGCGACUUAGGUAGGGGGGAUUUCCAGACGACGACUAACUUCAUUUUGGAGAGACGCCGAUUUUGUUGUAUUUAAAAGAAAAUAAGCUUCGUCUCCGUGGAGAAGCCAGAAAAGUUUCCAGAGAAUGAAGCCCUUAAAGAGGGCAUUUGAAGAGUCCACUCUUGAGCAGGAGUUCUCAUUGAUGUCAGACAGUGACCAUUGUGAAGAUGAUGGGACAAGUUGUAGUCUCCCAGUAGAUCUCUCUGGGGGUUCUGGGAAGAAACGUCGACGAGGAAACCUGCCUAAAGAAGCGGUGCAAGUACUCCGGGACUGGCUAUAUGACCAUCGAUUUAAUGCCUACCCAUCUGAGCAGGAGAAGCUCAGCUUGUCUGGUCAGACAAGUCUUUCUGUGCUGCAGAUCUGUAACUGGUUUAUCAAUGCUCGUAGAAGAUUACUGCCUGACAUGCUGCGGCGGGAUGGCAAGGAUCCAAACCAGUACACACUCUCCAGACGAGGAACAAAACUCUCCGAACUUCGUGUAGGCAGUGGCUCAACUUCUCCUGACAUGAGUCCAGUGAGCCUUGCUUCCCCUCGUCCAUCGGUUAUUCAGCCUCCACCAGUCCUUGAUCUAAGCAUACUAGAAAGCACAGCAACUGCCAUUUUAAGUGGAACAACUAAUUUAACUGCCUCUACACCUUUAUUGAAUGACAUUAACCAGUCAACUACAGUGAAUGUUAACCAGCAGUCUGAUUUCAGAAAUGCAAACAUGCAAACUGGGCAAGCUACUGUGCUGACAGAUGCAUGCAGCUUGGGUCCAGUUGCCGUUCUGAGGGCAGAGUCUGUCAAUCCUGCAGGAGGACUUUUCAACACACCACCUCCUACUCCUCCAGAAUUGUGCCUUGAGGAAUUCAGCGAUUUGCUGCUGCUCGUUGAUGCAGCCUUGCAACGAGCAGCUGAGUUAGAAUGCCAAAAGCAGAAUUUGUGUACGACCAAGAGUGACCUUUGCUUAUCAUCAACAAAUGCAUAUAAACAUUUAGAUUCAGGAACACUAACAGUGUCUCAGAAUGCCAAUAUUCCAGCAGUUGAAAUUUCAAGGACUCCCCAGAAGAAUGUUACAGACCUGCUGAGCUCCUAUGCCACAACAUAUAAUUCAGCAAAUGAUGGCAUACAAAUCAGUCAAGAGCAAGGGCCGAAGGGAACAGUUGGAUAUGGAAUGUAUGAGACACAGAUAUGGAAUACUACCUCUCAAACCAGUGCUUACACCGAGAGCAGGCAGAGUGUGAAACCAACAAAUUCCAUUGCGUGUGUAUGGAAUACCCCACAUAGUCUUCUCUCUGUGCAAGAAGCUGUGAAAUAAAGCAAAUGGAGCCAGUGGGGGCAUGCACUAGACUGCACUAAAGUGUGUUGCCCCAGGACAGGAAAUGUGCUUUUUUGUUACUUUGAGGAAAAACACUAAUUUUAUAACCGAGUUUCAAAUAUGACUUGAAUGUAUUCUAUAGCCUCCUUGUAUUCGUAUAGGAGACUAACAACUUUUAUGGAGUGUUUUUUUUGUUUUUUCUGUCUCCUCCCGAAUUUAAAAUUCAGGAAAGCCGGAUGGUGGGGUUUUCCUUAAUGACAUGCUUUACUGUGAAAAGGAAGUCUUGCCAGUCAGUGCUUCCCCCUCUCUUUUUUUGUUUUACUUUUUUGAAUUUUCGUUAAAGCAAUGUAAUAAGAGACAAUAAUGUAUUGACAUUUUAUGGUCCAACUGCCAUCUGUUUUUUUUUUUUUUUUAAUUCAGGAUCUUUCAGAGGAAUUUCCUGAUCUCCACUUAUUGAUAUUAUAGACCUCCCAUGCUAUACUGGAGGGAAUUGGAAAAUCAAUAAUUGACUCUGUGUUGUUUUAAGUUUUUAACCCCAUACUUGGAAAUUUAGUGACUCUUGGCAUAUGAACAAUUUUAGUUAUGUAAUGCCCUCCCAAAUGAAUGUGUUAACUGUAUCUUAAUGCCUAGCAACAUUUCCUACAAAAUGGGGGGAAAUUGCUAAAGCAAGACUGGCUAUUUCAUUAGUGCCUUUUUAGCCUAUUGAAAUUAAUGUAUUAAUUCUGUCUUUAACAACCUAUUUCUGUGCUUCUGUUGUCUGAGCUCACGGAUUCUAAAUUGGAGUGAUCAAGGAAUCCCUUACCACCCUCAAUUUUAAACUUGUUUCUGCCUGCAGCCACCUUGUACCUGCACUGACAAGUCAAAUCAGUUUCCUGAAAUGCUUAGUUCUCAAUUUAUAAACUGGACCACAUUAUAGUUUUAAAUAUCUCUUCGCCUUAACUAAUUUAACUGGAACCUGUGGGUUUGCGUAGUGGGCAGUAAAAAAUAGAUAUUACCUAGUGAAAAUGCAGUGUGCUAUUUAUGUGUUCAGGUGUAUGAAGCAGCAGUUGUUAAACCUCUAUGCAUUAAUGUUUUCUCUCUUGUUUUGAUUUUGGUGCAGGAAUCUGUAGAACAAUUUAAUAUUUUUCAAUACUCCAUGUUGCACAUUAGUUUACAUGUGGAGGACCCUUGCUACCUACAACAUCCAGUUGAAGACUGACAAAUGUUUUAACUGAUGGUUAUGUAGAUCUGCAUUCUUUAGAUGACCACAGUUCAUGGAUCCCAUUGCACAUUUAUAUGGUCUGUGCUGCAUGUUUAGCACACACUGACUGCCAAUUUAUUAUGGGCUGCUUUUCAAAUGACCAAAAAAUGUUUUUUUAUUAUUUUUUUUCUUAAACCUACUUUUACAUUCCAGUUAGAGGAAGAUAUGGAUAUGUAAUUUAAAACCAAAUUGAAGCUUUGUUCCUCCUCCUUUUCACUGAUCUGAUCUGAAAAGGUAGCUUUAGACCACCACACAAACAAAAGCAAUUACACUGCCUUACAGUAUUGAUAAUGUAGCUGCCUAGCAAACUAACUGUAGUUUGGUACCACUUUGACAAAAGGUGUGACUCCUGUAAAAGGAGAGUGAAACUAGACCUUGUGGAAGAGUGCUCACAAAAGUUUGUUCACCAUAACAAAAAGCUGGGCUUAGACUGAGGGAAUGAUUUAUAUUCAGAACUUGAUUUUUUCAUGUGUGUUUAUCUAAUGCAGUUUUAAUUGUAUCCAAUAUCAGUCUUAUGGAUCAAACACUUCCAAUUUUGUUUGGCAUUUUUUGCCAAACAAUGCUACAGAUGUUUUCCCUGUAUACUUUUUGGCAUAAUGGGCCACCAGUGUUAAAAAUAGUUCUUCUAUAAGGUGACAGUUCCCAGUCACAUAUAUCUAGUUCAGUUCUGAACACACGUCUGUUCUAGAGGUGUUCUGUUUUCCGUUGACUCUGUGUUGCAGAAAUCCAUGGCAAGCAAGAUUGCAGCGAUUCCAAUGUAUUGUGCAGCAAUAUGGAAAGAUGCCUUGUGGUUCGCUCCAGGGGAGCACCACUACUCUGGCACAACUAAGGCACACAUACCACCCAGUGAAAUUAUUGAAUAAUAUUGAACAAAUUAAGUAUUCUGCCAGCCAGCAAAAAAAAAAAACGAUGAGCCAAUAAUAACCUUAUUUUUCUAGUGUAUCAUGAGCAAAAAUCUUGUGCUGUGUCGGACUGCUGUGAGGAUUAUCCUUGGCUGUAAUCAGUCACAAUUUCAAGUUUGGUCACGUUUAUUGUAAAUUAGGGGGAAGGAUUAAUUUCCAACCCCCAAUCUUCCAUGACCACCCGAACGUUUCCAGCCACCAGCCCCUCACUCCAUUAUUAAGAUUUCUGGUCAACUCUGCAACCACAGAUGAUAGUCAAAAAAAAAAAAAAAAAAACCAGCACCAUCCGUCCUCCAUGAUGGUCUCUGAUCUCCACAAUGAGCUGCCAACUAAAUAUGGCAAUAUAAUAAUGCCAGAGGUUGAGAUCCAUUUGAAAUAUGGGUGCUUUGUGUCCUGUAUGUAAAACGUCAAUUUAAAAAGUGCAGUUCAAUAGUUUAAAUUUCCUUUAACACCCCCCAGGAUGUCAUCCCAUAGUCACAUGGUCCGUUUUUCAUGGUGUUUCACAUUCUUUUGGCCAAAUUGGUGCCUUGUAGAAAACUCCUGGCCUGAAACCCGUACACGUUUGCUUUCUUUUUGAAUGUGGGAUGGGAGCCAGGCCUUAAUCUGAAGGACAAAUUGACAAUGAUGCCUUAACUAAUAGGGGGAUGGCAUAUGACACCUUUUUGAAGAAAGUAUUUGGAUAGUUUGUGCAAUAUAUGGAAAAGUUGUUUUGAAACUAUUCUUUUGUAGACUUUUUUUGUACAUGUGACUGAAAAUAAAAUCAUGUUCUUAACUUUU